AGUCGCCGGACCGUUUGGCAGAGGUGGCGGCGGCGGCAUGGGUGCCCCGACGUUGCCCCCUGCCUGGCAGCCGUUUCUCAAGGACCACCGCAUCUCUACAUUCAAGAACUGGCCCUUCUUGGAGGGCUGCGCCUGCACCCCGGAGCGGAUGGCCGAAGCGGGCUUCAUCCACUGCCCGACUGAGAACGAGCCGGACUUGGCCCAGUGUUUCUUCUGCUUCAAGGAGCUGGAAGGCUGGGAGCCAGAUGACGAUCCCAUAGAGGAACAUAAAAAGCAUUCAUCCGGUUGCGCUUUCCUUUCUGUCAAGAAGCAGUUUGAAGAAUUAACGCUCGGUGAAUUUCUGAAACUGGACAGAGAAAGAGCCAAGAACAAAAUUGCAAAGGAAACCAACAAUAAGAAGAAAGAAUUUGAAGAAACUGCGAAGAAAGUGCGCCGUGCCAUCGAGCAGCUGGCUGCCAUGGAGUGAGGCCUCUGGCCGGAGCUACCUGGUCCCAGAGUAGCUGCACCACUUCCAGGGUUUGUUCCCUGUUGCCACCAACCUUCCUGUGGGACCCUUAGCAAUGCCGUAGGAAAGGAGGUCAACAUUUUCAAAUCAGAUAUUUCAACUAUACUCUUGUUUUAUCUUGAAAGUGGCACCAGAGGUGCUUCUACCUGUGCAGCUGGUGCUGCUUAUAACAGUGACUGCUUCUCUCUCUCUCUCUCUCUCUCUUUUUUUUUUAAUAGACGGGGUUUCACCAUGUUGGUCAGGCUGGUCUUGAACUCCUGACUUCAGGUGAUCCACCCGCCUCAGCCUCCCAGAGUGCUGGGAUUAUAGACGUGAGCCACCAUGCCCAGCCGUUUUUGCUUUCUUGAUUCCUGGACUUAACCAGGUGAGAAGUGGGGGAGGAAGAAGGCGGCGUCCCUUUUGCUAGAGCUGAUGGCUGUGUUUGCGUGGGCAGAGCCUUGGCAGUGGAUGUAUUUGGACCUCAUGCUGUGGACUGGCUGUCACUCAGUCCUGAGUGUGGACUUGGCAGAUGCCUGUUGAAUCUGUGCUGCAGGUUCCUCAGCUGUCACAUCUGUGCUGCCUCAGCGACCUUUUUUUUUUUGGUAAAAGCAUGAUUUGUGUAUGAUGAGGAGGGGAAUGGAGACAGAGCCCCCAGCUCCUCUACAGUUUCUCAAUGUGGUUUUUUUCUUUUGUUUGAAUUCCUAAUUCACAGAAUAGCACAAACUGCAAUUAAAACUCAG